GCUCGCCGUUGGCAACAACAGAGCCGCUUCGGCGCUGCCUUAGAUGUUGUGGUCGACAUUGCGCAGCGAGGCGGUAUGUGGGUCCUUGCGCUGAAUCUCCCAGGCUUUCUCUUCCCGCUUGUGGAGCUUAACGUUUUCGCAUGCACGCAUUCCAGUGGCAGCGAGUCAUGGAAGGUGACGUGUUUCGAGGAUGCUCCCAUGCUCGUGGCUGCCGUGACGUCAAACGUCUUCAAAUCGCCCUGCGGCGCAUUGAUGGUGGCUGGGCUGCAUUUCUUGCCACUGUGGCUUUGGCUCCGGCAGAGGACCUCCGCUAGUUUCCCGGGUUUCAACUUGGUGGGCUUCCUCCUUUGCAGCGGACGUCUUCUUGGUCUUGUGGUGGAAUUCUGGGUCCUCAAACGACACGUGGAAGGGCUGCUCCGUCCCAUCGAUGCGCUGACGAUCCGGAGCUGCGCCCACGUUUGAGUUGCCAGAGAUGGAGGUGUUGGAGCAACACACCUGGUGUGGGGCUGGUGUACUGCUUCGAGGUGCAGCAACAUCUAUAUAUUCGCCUCGUCCUGAUUCACCCUGUUGCAGGACUGUCAGCGCAUGUGAGAGCAAAAUGCGGUAGCCUUCACAUCAUAUAGAUUGACCGCACCAGAAAGCA